AUCAACGUUACAUUCCGUCGUUUUACUCACCCUCUGAAAGAGGGUAUCUAUAUAAAGCCAUUUUCUACAAACACAAUCAUUUUCCUCCGGUUAUUCACGGAAUCUUGAUAACCAGGGGUGAGGGGAUCUUCAAGGAUUUCCUUGUGGUGUUGAGCGAUGGCUUCGAAGCGGAUCUUGAAAGAGCUCAAGGAUCUUCAGAAAGAUCCUCCUACCUCUUGCAGCGCAGGCCCAGUGGCAGAAGACAUGUUUCAUUGGCAAGCAACAAUCAUGGGUCCUCCAGAUAGUCCUUAUUCUGGUGGAGUCUUUCUUGUUACUAUCCAUUUCCCUCCGGAUUAUCCAUUUAAGCCACCUAAGGUAGCUUUCAGGACGAAGGUUUUCCACCCAAACAUCAAUAGCAACGGAAGCAUUUGUCUUGAUAUUUUAAAAGAACAGUGGAGCCCAGCUCUAACUAUCUCCAAGGUUUUGCUGUCAAUAUGCUCCUUGUUGACCGACCCAAACCCGGAUGACCCGUUGGUCCCUGAAAUAGCGCACAUGUACAAAACAGACAGAAACAAGUACGAAACCACAGCAAGAAGCUGGACCCAAAAGUAUGCCAUGGGCUAAUUCGUAAUUCUCUCUCAACCCCUUAUCAAAUUACCAAAAACCCUCCUUUUUUUUUUUUUUUAUUUUCGUAAAAUCGAAUGUAUGGAAUUUAAUGAAAUAUGCAAACUGUGAAAUAUAUGUGGUUUAAUUGUAAUUGUAAGAUAAACGUGACCUCCUUUCAA